UUGCAAUUUCCACCAAAAUUCUUAUUGCUGAUAAAGUAAUCUCAAAACAAUUGUAGUGUCGCUUAGGUGCUCGGGGACUGGGGAGUGGUUGCGACAAAAUACAAUUGUUAGAGAAGGUCGGGUGCUGCAAGAUUAGUCUGGCAUUUGAUGUGGUUUGACGUAUAUCACAGAGAUAAUUUGUUGCAAAUGACCUGCAAAUAAGAAGGAUCCAAGAACAGAAUGGGAGGCAGCUAGAUAAUUUGCUUGAAGGUCCAGUUUUAUACCGGAUAUAGCAAGUCUUGUUUUUUGUGUUCCUUGUAAGUGUGAUGGGCCUGGAAGAGGGUGUAGGUUUCAAGUAAGCGCCUUUGAUCAUUCUUAGGACUAUUCUGGUUGUAGCGAAGACACAAAUAGUUCAGGGGAGAAAUUUGAGCAGUUCAGGCCCUAGAAGAUUAAUAUGGCGGGAUCGUGCUCUUUAUUCGUAAAUAGUUUCCUAUAGGACCUUCAUGCCAUUUGUGUGCACUGAAAUUCUUUAAGUUAAAGGCUGGGAGGCUGUUUAUGACUCAGCAAAAAUGUCUUCCUUUUCUGUUGCCUACGGCGAUACUACAACCUGGUUAAGUGAUCCAAUGAGAGUCAAGAUGUGUUCGUCAGCCACACAAGCCCGUGAGAAUGAUAACUCAGAAACAGAAGACAUGGAGGAUGCAGUUAGCAGAUGGUCCUACCAUGGUUCAUGCAAUAUGGUUCACAAUGAUAUCUCAAGCUCGAGAGAGAAUGACAAUUCAAUAUAUCUUGCAAGUUUACGGAAUACUAAAGCAUUACAUUUUGGUUUACUGAUGAAAAAUCUUGAUGUGUUGGAGGAGACAAUUGCAGAUUCAGGGGUCCUAAGGUUGGAAGAAGAUAUUCUGGUGCAAUUGGAAAGACUUGGGGCUCUGGAGUUAUUCCAGACCUGUCUAUGUAGGAUGCUUAAGCCCUCAACCUUAUAUGAUCUGUCUGACGAACCAACUAAGCCUGUUGAAGCAUCUCAAAUAAAUUGCCCAGUGGAAGAUGUUGUGGGUAAGAAGGUUGCUCACUCUGUAAAGAAAGAAAAAAGAAAAUCAAGAAGAAAGAGGCCAUUGGAUAAAGGAAAUGGUAAAUUUAUGCAGGAAAAGUACUCAAGUACGCUAGAGGAUGCUCAACAGGUUAAAUUUUCUCCUGGGAGGAAAUCAUCCGAUUCUAGAAGUAGAAGCCUGAAAAUUGCUCGAACUGAGGCAGAAAUGUCUCAAGGUGUUAAGUUAGUUUCUGAGCUUGAAAGAAUCAGGACAAUAGUUGAAGAGAACACUGGACAGGUAGUUGGCAUGAGUAACUGGGCAGAAGCUGCUCAAGUUAAUAAACAGGUGUUGCAGCAACAUCUGCAGUUUGGUUGGUAUUGUAGGGAUGAGCUUCUAAGAAGCACACGUUCUUUAGUUUUAUACAUUGCUAGAAAUUACAGGGGACUGGGAGUUGCCUUUGAAGAUUUAGUUCAGGCUGGAAAUCUUGGUGUCCUGCAAGGAGCUCAAAGAUUUGAUCACACACGGGGAUACAAGUUCUCAACCUACGUCCAGUAUUGGAUAAGGAAAUCAAUCUCAAUGGUGGUAGCACAACAUGCAAGAGGAAUUAGAAUUCCUUCAUCAUUGAGCAAGGCAAUAAGUCAAAUACAGAAAGCUCGAAAGGCCCUGAAGAACAGCCAUGGAAAAUAUCCGGAUGUUAAUGAAAUUGCAAAGUUCACUGGUCUCUCUACUGCUAAAAUUAUGUCAGUCAGCAAAUGCCUCAGGAUUGUUGGUUCGAUCGAUCAGAAAGUGGGAGACUCUAGCAGUGCAAAACUUUUAGAACUCAUAUCUGAUACAUCAAUGAGAAGCCCAGAAGAAACAGUGGUGAGACAGCACAUGCUACAAGACAUGUAUGGCCUUAUGAAAGACUUAGAGCCACGGGAAAGGCAAGUAUUAGUCCUAAGGUUUGGGCUUAGAUCUCAUCAAAGGAAGUCACUUGAGGAGAUUGGGAGGCUGUAUUCUGUAAGCAAAGAGUGGGUAAGAAAAAUAGAAAGAAGAGCGCUGACAAAACUAAGAAAAAAGGAUGUCUUUCAAGAUUUAAGUCAAUAUAUGUAUAUGUAGCUGCAGUUAUGUCUAAAGUACGCUAUUUUAUGAGCCAACAAGUUUGGCAUUUAGUCACUUGAUUCCUGUCAACUUUGUCAAGCUGGUCAGCCAUUAGAACUGCACUGAAAAGAUUAAGGGGAUGUUUCUUCCUCAUCAAGUGAUCUUUGGUUGGUGUAUUCCAACUUCCAAGAGCAGUUGCCAAAAUUGAGCAAUUUCUGUGUAGUUUGUCUUGUACAUGAAUAUUACAGACACACUUCCCCUGCUUUUUGUUACUACUAUUGUUUUUCAUC